CUCAAACGGCGGCUUCUCCCGCUUUUUCUCCUUCUCCUGGCCGAUGAGGAGAGGCUGAAACACCAGGGGCAUGGGGACGGGUCUCGAUUCCAAACUCUGCAGCCGAAACAUCUGGAUUACAUUCCUCGUCCCAGGCUUCUAUGGCUCAUGCAAUGAUGGCAGGGCAGGACAAUUAAAUGCAGUAAGCUCCUCGUCGAAUCAUGGGACAAUAGAGAUAUCUCCAAGGCCCCAUCACCUUUAUCAUGUCUUUCGAGAUCUUACCCAACGAUCAUCCCAGCUCCCAUCGGCCGCUUCCCCCCUCGCGGGCGAAGCGACGGUCUUUGUUACCGGGUACGGCCUCAGCUUCCGGACCUGAACUUGUUCAAGAGCUGAACAGAAAUCCUAUGACCUCUGCAAGAGGAGCGGGAACGAUGGGUGGCUUGAGGGAAAGGACGGAGGAAGAGCUCAAUGGAGCCAGCAGAGAAGCUAUACAGGAGGCUCUGAAAGAAGAAUGGGAUGUCCGUGAUAGGCUCCUACAGAAAGUCGAGAAUCUCGAAGCGGAUGUCGCGGCUGCCGAGCGGGCGAAGAAGGAACUCGCAACGAGCCUAAGGACGUUACAGUCUCAAGCGAAGGAUGCAUAUCUCGAAGAGACUCGGCUUGAGAGCGAUCUUAUGGAGCGAGAUGAGGUGUUGAUUAGACUUCGCGAGCGAUUGUCCCAGGCGGAAUCGCAAACUCGAGAGGCUCAGAAGAGAAUUGCCGAGCAGGAGGCGGCAUUUGAAGCGGAACGAAGGGCACUGAAAGACCAAGAAACGCAUUUGCAACAGCGCAUCCGAGCCUUGCUCGCUGCGAAAUCCUCCAAGCCUGUAUCCCCUGUCUCUGAAUCUCUCGACGACGGCCACAUCUCCGACUUGAAAGACGAGUUGGCCUCACUGAAAGUCUCGAAUUCUACACUCUUAGCUCAGCUCGACACUGUGAACAGAGAAGUGGGAGAGCUUCGUCAAGCCAAUGUCGAGCUUCUGGAGGAGAAUGCCGGUUGGGAAUAUCUUGUCAGAGAGCGGACUCUUUCCGGCAAGAUGCCUGACAUUGGCUGUGAUGUGGUCUCAAGAUAUGACGAUUCUCUUACGCCGUCUGGACGUGCAGGAGGGCAUUUGGAGGCAUUAGACGAAGAGUUGGAGAUGGAUGAACUCAACUCGGACCUGAAUGCGCAAUCUCCAAUCUUGGAGGACGAGCAUGUUUUUGUGAAGUCUUUGGAUGGCGAGUCAGGCUCGAUGAGCAUCUCGUCCAGUGGUCAUCUUGCGCCACCUAAAAAGGGCAAGAUACGCAAGGUCGAAUCUUUGGGGGAUUUACCAGAAACUGGGGUCGGGUUGGAUCUCGCGGCAGAACUUGGAAGGGCAGAGGUGGAAGUGGACGCAGGCCAGAUGAGGGUGUGGGGCAAGGGCGACGAAGGCGAAGCCAUGCGAACGGAGAUCAAAAAUCUGAGGGAAGCCAACAAAGCCUUGACUUUAUACUGCUCAAAGAUCAUCGACCGCAUUAUCACGCAAGAAGGAUUUGAGCAGAUUCUCUCUGUCGAUUACAAGACGCGCCGAUUUGGCGCGAAGAAAAGCUCUGGUCCAAUACGCGGUAGUUUGCAAGAGCUAGCGGAUAACAUGCAAGCUCAGACUGAGGUCAAGAAGGAGUCUCUGCCGGCGGAGAUCAGCAGGAAGAGCGUCGAGAAGAAAUCUAGGCCAUUGAGCUUCUUUGGUCGGGCAACAAGUGACGUGACGACUGCAGAGCCUGAGAAGAUGGAAGAGAACACAAAGCAAGAAGCGAAGAUGGACAAAAGGGCAAAGAGAGGAUUCUCACUUGAUCUCCGAUCUCUUGGCUUCGGGUUACCGACUUUAGGCUCUCCAGCCGAGCCGAAGCCAAAUCCUGCACUAAGACCGCUUGCGCUUGCGAACAAGACCAGCACGGCGACUCCUCCAGCAUCAGAACCUACCACCGCCAGGCCUCCACGGAAAAGCUUUCCAGAAGAGGAAGACGAGGAGGAUCGUCGGGAGCGUCAUCGGAUGGAAGCACAUCUUCGGUUGAUGGGUAUUGAGAAGCCCUCUCCAUCCGUCGAGGAACCCUACGCGUCGCGAUCGAGCUACUGGGCAGGCAGACAGACAUCAAGAUCUCAUCCACAACGAUCUUCGUCAAGCGCCUCGUCUCUGUCCCGACAAUCUUCAGGUGGCAUUGCCAAUUUCCGAGAUGGGACGCCUUUGAGCCGGCUCUCGUCGCAUCUAGGUUCACCGGAGCAGAUGCCUCUUUCGCCGGGCACUCGUUAUUCUUCGCCAGAUUCAGUUGCAGCGGCCCUCAAGGCAUUUGACAAGAGGGAAGAAGAGAGGACAAAAGCACUUGCACAGGGUAAGGCGACAACCGAGUAUACCAGUCCCACGCCUAGUGCCAUCCGGCGAGCUAGCGAAGCGAGGCGAUCGGCUAGCCAGGAACAAGCGAUGAAGGAAAGCGGGAGUGCCAAUGAGCCGACCGGCGAGUGGAGAAGUUGUAUCGAGAGACAGAUCCUGAUUGGAAUGUGCGCGUUCGACGAUCUUUGACGACCACGAUGUUAGAAUGCUUAUGACCUUGAUGACAUGACGAUAUGACA